AUGCAGUCCCGUGCUCAGCCCGGGGCGAGCACCAGCGGAAGGGCGCCGCAUGCGCUCUCUUAUGGGUCCGUGAAUCAAUGCAGGGCCGGCCGGUGCGCGGGCCCGCGUGGCGGCGCGCCCCCGUCCCACGCGGCGGCCGCUGCUGCCCCGCUUCGAGGUGGCGGCCGCUGCGGCCCCGCGCGCGCCGCCUCCGCCCCGCAAAGCACCGGCGAGUGGUCAGACAAGCUCCUCAGCCUGACAAAGAAGCAGCGUAAGCGCAAGGACGACAGCGGCAAUGGGAGUGGCGGCAACCGCAGCAGGGGCGGCGUACAGCAGCUGCAGCAACAGCAGCGUGAUGCGGUUGAGGUCCAAAUCACAGAUGAAGACUUGGCAAACGCCGAUUUAAACGAAGAGUUUGGCGGCGACGAAGACGGGGACGUAUUCGGCGGCGGCCUGGACGGCUGGGGGUCCAGUGGGGGCGCUGGCGGCGGCGGCGGCGGUGGGAUGGUGUCUGGCGAAAAGCGCCUCCCCCAGGCGGUCCGCUGCUUCGACACCGCCCGCAUCUAUAUCAAGAGCGGCGACGGCGGCGCCGGCUGCGUCGCGUUCCGGAGAGAGCCGUUUGUGGAGCACGGCGGCCCCAACGGCGGCAACGGCGGGCGCGGCGGCAACGUCUGGGCGGUCGCCGACGAGUCCAUCAACAGCCUCCUGCCGUUCCGCAACCAGGCGCACUUUCGCGCGCACAACGGGACUCCAGGCAAGGGCGCGAUGCAGGACGGCGCCAACGGAACCGACCUGGAGGUGCGCGUCCCCCUGGGCACCAUCAUCCGCAUGAAGGGCGCGGAAGAGGGGGAGGCGCCCCUGGCCGAGCUCCUGACGCACGGCCAGAAAGCGCUGCUGCUCGUCGGCGGCAGGGGCGGCCGCGGCAACCUGAGCUUCAAGACGGGCAAGAACACGGCGCCGGCGUUUGCCGAGAGGGGGGAGGCAGGGCGCGAGGAGUAUGUUGACCUGGAGCUUAAGACAGGGCUGCUGCUGCUGCUGCUGCUGCUGCCGCCGCCGCCGCCGCCGCCGCCGCCGCUGCUGUUGCUGCUGGUGCUGGUGCUGGUGCUGCUGGUGCUGGUGCUGGUGGUGGCUGACGUCGGCAUUGUGGGCAUCCCCAACGCGGGCAAGUCCACCCUGCUGAGCGUGCUGACCGCGGCGCGCCCCAAGAUCGCCAACUACCCCUUCACCACGCUGGUGCCCAACCUCGGGGUCUGCGAGAUGGACUUCCGCACCACAGUCUUCGCUGACGUCCCCGGCCUGCUGGAGGGCGCCCACGAGGGCCACGGCCUGGGCCACCAGUUCCUGCGCCAUGUGCAGCGCUGCCGCGUCCUCGUGCACGUGCUGGACGGCACCAGCCCCGACCCGGUGGGUGACUACCGCGCCAUCAACCUGGAGCUGGAGCUCUUCAACCCCGACAUCAGGGACAAGCCGCAGGUCGUGGCGUACAACAAGACCGACGUGCCGGACUCUGGGGACUAUUGGGAGUUUGUGAGGGAGUACCUGGUGGAGGAGGAGGGCCUGGACCCCGCGCACGUCGUGCCCAUUAGCGCGGCCACGGGCCGCGGCGUCACGGACCUGGUGCGUGCGGUGCGUGGCGUCCUGGACGAGCUUGGCCCGGCAGAGAUGGAGGCCUCCACGGACGCGCUCAACCGCACCAAGCUGCCCCGGCGCUUUGACAGCGACAUGCGCAUGGACAGGUUCACUGUCGAGAAGGAGCCCCUCCCCCUGCCUGGCGGCGAGCAGCUGUACUACGUGAGGGGUGGCGCCAUCGAGCGCUUCGCGCAGAUGACUAACUGGGAUUACUACGAGGCCGUCAAGAGGUUCCAGCGCGUGCUGGAUGUCUCAGGCAUCAGCCAGUCCCUACGCGACGCCGGCAUCAAGGAGGGCGACAGCGUGGCGCUCGGGGACGUCGGCGAGUUUGUGUGGAGCGAGGAGCGCGGGGACGCGGCGGUGUACUCCGCGUGGCUCGAGGACAUGCGGUCGCGGGGCCGCAACCGCCAGGGCGUCGCGGCAUGGCCGGGGGCAAAAAAGUGA